AUGAACACUUUAAUCAAGCGCACAGUAUCAACACAAUCCGUAAAGAAGGCUCGUCGUGUAUUUUCAGGCAUUCAGCCCACGGGCACACCUCAUUUGGGUAAUUAUCUUGGUGCUCUGGCCAACUGGACUCGAUUACAAGAACCAGAUGCAGUGACAGGCGAGGUCCCAUUGAACUAUUACAGCAUUGUUGAUUUGCAUGCCAUUACUAUGCCUCAGAAUCCAGCCGCAUUACGACAAGCCAAGAUGGAUGUGGCAGCCACGUUACUCGCCUGUGGCAUUGACCCUCAACGCUCUGUCUUGUUUGAGCAAAGUCGAGUUGGAUCCCAUGCCGAAUUGACCUGGAUAUUCAACUGCAUCACACCUGUUGGAUGGCUUGGGCGCAUGACACAGUGGAAGAGUAAAUUGGACAAAGUGAGUGGGUCCCAUGCGCAAUCAUUGACAGACGAGACGUUGACCUCGGGUUUGAAAAUGGGGUUGUUCGACUACCCUGUGUUGAUGGCUGCUGAUAUUUUACUGUACAAAGGAACCCAUGUACCUGUUGGUGAGGACCAGAUUCAGCAUUUGGAGUUGGCAAGAGACAUUGCAACCUUGUUCAACAAGACAUUUGGCUAUACAUUUCCCAAACCAGAAGCUAUUGUGCCACCAGCAGCCAAACGAGUCAUGUCUUUGCGAGAUCCCACUAACAAGAUGUCCAAAUCAGAUGCAUCCGACUUCUCUAGACUGAACUUGAUUGAUACCCCUGAACUGAUUCAGUCCAAGAUUGCCAAGGCAACCACAGACGGUAUUCGAGGUGUGACAUACGAUCCGGUGGAGCGUCCUGGUGUAUCCAACUUACUGGGCAUCUAUGCUGCCAUGCGCGACAUUAGCAUGGAGGAAGCAGUGAAGGAGUGCGCAGACAUCACCAGCACAAAGGAUUUCAAGAACAGAGUAUCAGAAUCCAUCAUCACCCGAUUGCAGCCCAUUCAGUCAGAGCUAGUUCGACUCCAAGCAGAUCCAGGCUACGUAGCCAAGGUACUGGAUGAUGGCGCUAUGAGAGCAAAUCAAGUGGCUCAUGACACCAUGGAGCAAGUGUACAAAGCUGUGGGAUUAAGAUGA